AAGAAAAGAAACUUCCCAUAAGUCUCUCUCUCUACUUUUUAAACACCAUCUCGUCAUCUACCUCUAUCUCUCUCUCUCUCUCAACACAGCCGGGUUUGCUUUUUGAAAUUAGUUCUGUUCCUCUAUGUUUUUACACGCAUUUUGGGAAUGAAAGUUUCAAGAACGAAACAGAGCUCUCUUAUAUUCAAGCUGGCGAUCGAGAAUCAAGAAACCACCAUCCGGGAAAUCAAGCCCAACAACAAGAGAAUCAUGAGUUGUUUUGCAGGUUAAGUGAUAAUCAGUCAUAGAUAAACAGUGACUUCUCUGAUGGCCGUUCAAGGUGCUUCUUCCUCUUCCCUUUCUUCUUCUACUCGUUGGUGGAUUUAUGAUGUAUUCUUGAGUUUUAGGGGCGAAGAUACUCGUCAAAAUUUCACUGCCCAUCUCCUUGAAGCUUUGGUUCGAAAGAAAAUACACACAUACAUAGAUGACAAGCUUCCAAGAGGUGGGGAAAUCUCAGAAGAACUUCUUAAAGCUAUCGAAAGCUCAAGGAUCUCAAUUGUCGUCCUCUCAGAAGAUUAUGCAUCAUCCAGGUGGUGUUUGGAUGAGUUGAUCAAGAUCCUAGAGUGUAAAGACAGAGAGCAUGCGCAACAAAAGGUUCUACCAGUGUUUUACCAUGUAAAUCCAACCGAAGUAAGACAUCAGAGCGAGAGUUUCGAAAUAGCAUUGGCUAAACUUAAAGAUAGGAUCAAGGAUGAGUCGAAGGUGGAGAGAUGGAAAGCAGCUCUUAAAAAAGUGGCCUGUUUGUCUGGAUUCACUUUACGAGAUAGGAUUGAACCAGAAUUGAUUGAAGAAAUUGUUCGAGAGGUUUCUAAAGUAGUAAAGCCUAAAUAUUUAAAUGACAUUGCCAAGCAUCCAGUCGGAAUGGAGUCUAGAGUACAUGACGUCCAUGAUAUACUUCUACGUGUGGGAGUGAAUGAUAUACGCAUACUAGGGAUCUAUGGCAUUGGUGGAGUUGGUAAGACAAACUUGGCUAAAGAAAUCUACAACUCAUUUACCGACCAAUUUGAAUGUUGUUGCUUUCUUGUAAACGUGAGAGAGACUUCAAAGCGUGAGUAUGGUUUAAUUCAAUUGCAAGAGACACUUCUUUGUGAGGUCCUUGGUGACUGGAGUUUGAAGGUUAGAAAUGAAGAUGAAGGAAUGGGUCUCAUAAAAAAAAUGCUUUGGAGUAAAAGGGUUCUUUUAGUUCUUGAUGAUUUGGAUAAAUCGGUCAAAGUUGAAACCCUACUUGGAGGAUGUGAUUGGUUUGGUUUAGGAAGUGUAAUCAUUAUAACAACUAGGGAUGAACAUUUAUUAACUAGUAAUAAUGUUCAUUUACGAUAUAAGGUGAAGGACUUGGAUCAUGACGAAGCUCUUCAGCUAUUUUGUUGGAAUGCCUUCAAAAGUGAAAAUCCUAACCCUGAUUUUGUCGAAAUCACAGAAAAUGUACUCCAUUACGUUGGGGGCCUUCCAUUGGCUUUAAUGGUGGUUGGCUCGGAUCUAUUUGGUAGGGACAUUCAUUAUUGGAGAAGUACUUUAGAAAAGUACAAAAAAAUUCCUCCCAAAGAUAUUCUUGAAACGCUUAGAAUAAGUUAUGAUAGCUUGGAAAAAAACGAGAAGAGUAUUUUCUUGGAUAUUGCAUGUUUCUUUACUGGAGAGCGAGAAGAAUAUGUUACUAAAAUACUUGAUGGUUGUGGUUUCUUUCCUACUUGUGGCAUCAAAGUACUAAUGGAUAGGUCUCUCAUUACCAUUGAUGAUCAGAUUCACAGAUUAAUCAGGAUGCAUGACUUACUCAAAGAUAUGGGUAGAGCAAUUGUUAGUCAAGAAUCCGAAGAACCCGAGAAACGUAGUAGGUUGUGGUUUCAUGAAGACGUUCGCCAUGUAUUGGAAGAAACUAAGGGAUCAAAAAAGAUUCAAGGCAUAUUGAUAGAGUUUCCAAAACAAGACGUGAUAGAUUUGAAUCCUGAGACUUUCUCGAUGAUGACAAGUCUCAGGAUAUUUAUAAAUCGUAAUGCACGCUUUUCAAAAGGGCCAAAUUAUCUCUCAAAUGAGUUAAGAGUACUCGAUUGGCAAGGCUAUCCUAGUCAUUCUUUCCCGCAAAACUUUCAUGGAAAGAAACUCGUCAUUUUAAAAUUGUAUGAAAGCUUCAUCAAAGAACUCAGAGACGGAUUGAAGAAUUUCCAGAAUUUGAAAACUAUGGUAUUAGUUGAAUGUAAAUACCUAACAAAGAUUCAUGAUGUGUCAGCGCUCCACAAUUUAGAGAGUUUGAGCAUUGGGUAUUGCAAUAACUUGGUUGAGGUAGAUCAAUCUAUUGGCUUCCUUGAUAAACUCAUCGAUUUGUCAAUUCGAAAUUGUGAGAGGCUAACUAGUUUUCCAAGAUCCCUCAAGUUGAGAUCUCUAGAAGAGCUUAGUCUUUCUUAUUGCGGGAGGCUGCAGAAGUUUCCUGAAAUUGACAGUGAAAUGAAAUGUUUAACAGUUCUUAAACUAGAACAGAUGACUGCUAUAAAAGAAUUGCCUUCAUCUAUUGGGAAUCUUGCUAGCCUUGAGGAAUUAGAAAUAAUCAGUUGCUACAAAUUAAGACAUAUCCCUAACAGCAUCCGUCAGUUGCAACAUCUAUGGUUUCUCUCUCUCAAGGGUCUCACUCUCGAGUGUCGGUCAGAUGAUCAAAGCCAAUAUCCCUUACCCUCUUCCAGUACUGCAGAAUUGUUCUCGUCAUAUUCUCCUCCAAUGAAUUCAAUAGCGUUUCCGAAACUAGAUUUGGUUCAGUUAACUGCCUUCUAUUCCACCUUGGAAGUUUUAAAUUUAUCGGAAAGCAAUAUUGUCGUUAUCCUUCCUGAGUGGAUCAGAGGAUUUGUUCGAGUAUGGUUACUUAGAUUGUCUCAUUGCGAGCAACUUAAAGAAAUUUUAGAACUUCCUCCAAAUAUAAAAGAGGUAGAAGUUAGUGGAUGCAUUUCAUUGGAGAGUUUUCCUGAAGUAUCAAAUAAGUUUGAAUUCAAUAGAAGCAGCUUUCGUAAGCUAGAUUGGAUUAACUUGAGUGGAUGCCAUAAAAUGCUUGUAAAUCCUCUACGGUUCGAGGAAUGUGUAGAGGACCUGGAUGGAAAAUGUCAACUUUUGUUUCCGGGAAAUAAGAUUCCAGAUUUGGACUACCAUGGGAAGCUGAUGAUGAAGACUCCAAAUGUUCUCGUCAUAAAUGUACGUGAUGGGAUAAAUGUUGAUUUGCUUUAUUCGGAUGAGAUUAAAGGAUUCAUUGCAUGUGCUGGUUUUCAGCGAGAAUCCGAUUCCUCCAUCGAGAAUUUUAUGCAUAUCGGGAUCUACUAUAAUGGUGUAUACCAGUAUGACGAGUAUACACAAUGUAUUGAUCCAAGUGGCUCAGAUAAUGUAUGGUUGUAUUACCACAAACUAGAUGAAGAGCGUUUAAAAUCAGUGGAGGGAAUUCUGCAACUUAAGUUUAAUAGCUAUAAAGGUAGUGCCCUGAUUAGAAGUUUUGGAAUCCGUGUGGUACGCAAGCAGAAGGAGAUCAAUACAUUGCAAGACGUUGCAAGCUGUUGGAGUCCCUGUGUUAACGUCCAGCCUUCUUCAGAAUCAAUAAUUUCUGAUUUAGAGAAUGGCAGCCACGCUGAGAAUCCAAAUGAUCAAGAUUUGGAACGUCUUGGGGUCCAUUUGGUAGAGAAGGAUAAAGAGAAGGCAAGAGAUCAUGAUGCAGGUGUGCUCCACGAAGAUGUUGGUGCCCCUGAUUUUGAUGCAUCCAGUGAAGAAAUUGAAGGUUGGGUACAUUUAAUGGAUGGUAAGAGGCGUCAUAAUGAAGAUGAUUGCAAUCUGGAAUUCAAUUGGUACCCUCAACAAAAGAGGCAGUAUUCCUCAACCAUGUACAUCAGAAUAACAGAAAUAGAGAAUGACGAUGAGAAUUCAAAAGAAGAUUUGGAUUUAGAGCUUAAACUUGGGUUUAAUUAAAA